AUCGCAUCAGACCCUAAUCCUGGUUUCUUCCGGCGAUCAGCAGCCAAUAACUUUCAAAGACAUCCAAAGAUUUGUGGUCCAGUGAGUACCCACUGAAAUUCAGUGCAUGGAUAGAAACAUCGUUAGGGGUUUCGCUGUUCUCCUCAUCCAUUUCAUCUCUCUGUUAAAUUCAGUUGAACCAACUACACCAUAGCUCUGUUUCGAUUUCUUCUACACUUUCAGUCUGUACUAUUAUCCUCUUUCCACACAAGGAAAAAAUAAUAAAUACUACUAUGGCCGCGUUACUACUUCGUACGUUUCUCCCUUCCCCUCUCACAUGCCGAACUCCGCCGCCACCAACACCAACACCUUCUCUAAUCCGCGGUCCCAGGUUUGGUGAACUUACUACGUCCGCACGUGUGAGACUCACCCGUACAAACGCGACGGCGCCGACCAAACCACGCACACUGCAGGAAGGUAUAGCCGAGCUCUACGACGAGUCCUCCGGUAUCUGGGAGGAAAUAUGGGGCGACCACAUGCAUCAUGGCUUCUACGACCCCGAUUCAUCUGUUUCCCUCUCUGCUUCCGAUCACCGGGCUGCCCAGAUCCGAAUGAUCGAUCAGGCUCUCUCUUUUGCUGGAAUUUCCGAGGACCUGGCGAAUAAGCGAGUGGUCGAUGUUGGGUGUGGGAUAGGAGGCAGUUCCAGAUACUUGGCAACUAAGUAUGGAGCUCAAUGUGAAGGCAUCACCUUGAGCCCCGUCCAGGCUGAAAGGGCCAAUGCUCUUGCUGCAUCUCAAGGGCUAGCAGACAAGGUUUCUUUUCAAGUUGCAGAUGCUUUGGAUCAACCAUUCCCUGAUGGCCAAUUUGAUCUAGUCUGGUCUAUGGAAAGUGGUGAACACAUGCCUGACAAAGCAAAGUUUGUUAAUGAGUUGGUGCGAGUCGCAGCGCCAGGAGGCACAAUUAUAGUAGUGACAUGGUGCCAUAGGGAUCUUGCUCCUUCUGAAGAGUCUUUGCAACCCUGGGAGAAAAACCUCUUGAGCAGGAUAUGUGAUGCUUAUUAUCUUCCAGAGUGGUGUUCCACUGCUGACUAUGUCAAAUUACUCAAGUCCCAUUCUGUCCAGGUAAUUACAAACUUUUUUGGCCAAAUGGUAAUUACAUACUUGAAUUGGCCUAAACUAUUUUUGAAACUUGAUCUAAUGGGUGGCUACUUGUGGAUUCAUCAAAAAUUGGGUCUUGGGAAUAUUUGUUUGGAAUAUGAUCUUUGCCCUCACUCUUAGUCAGUCC